AUGCCGGUUUUCGAUCUAGGCCGGCUAGGUCGCUUCCAGAUAUCCUAUCUUCCGCCGUCAGAUAUGUCGCAAGGAGAGCAGCAAGACCUACCCUCAGGCCCGCCACCUGAGUAUACAAAUGAUACCGACAGGGAAAGCGACGCCAAGUACCACGCUCCAUCGCAAGCUCAACCACCAGAGUGCAAGACCAAGCAAGUGUGUCGGUGGCUCAUCGAGAUCUUCGCAAUAACCUUCAACGCGAACUUCGACGAGCUGAACGCAGCUCUCUACGACAUUCCCGUACCAGACAACACAAACACAAUACUUUGCGACUCUGAGCGCGCAGACCUGGUGGCUCAAUCCGAUCUUGUGCGCAAGAUGCACAGGUGGUAUCUCGGCAAUAAAAAAACAAGGAUAUAUCGAAAGGAAGAGUUAGCGCUGUGCGACACCAUCAUCCAACCCGUCUCCGUCCUUGACGAACUUCAAGGCACGUGGCCUCACUUCGCUUUAGACAUGAUCGGGUGGUACGGCGAAGAAGAGCGCCGGCCAUCUGAUACACGCUGGGCAACCACUAUCCCCGCGCUCUGGGCGGCAGAUACACGGUAUAGCUCUUGGGGCCGUCGAGAGCAGCUGGAGACCAACAUGCGAACGUGGCGUAAUGAUCUAGAAGACGCUGCACCAAACGACAAGGUGCGCGACGUGCUACGGGAAGCGUGGGACGAUUAUCGGAGACGGUUCGGGCUGGGAUACCUCGUCGUUCGCACACAGGAGUAG